AUGAGUGCCAGAGAAGAAGUGAAUAAAUGGUUAGGAAGGGAGGAGGAAAUGUGGCAUCAGAGAUCUAAGGCUUUGUGGAUCCAGGCAGGGGACCAAAACUCAAGAUACUUUCACUCUAAAGCCUCACAUAGGAAAAAGAAGAACACCAUAAAGAGGCUACAAGAUGAGCAAAACCAGUGGAAAGAAGGAAGAGAUAUGGAAGAGUUAGUGGUAAACUACUUUCAACAGCUGUUCAGUAGCUCAGAGGAGAGGGACCAUACUGAAUUUGUUGCUAGUGUGGAGAGCAAAGUCACAUCUCGUAUGAAUGAAGAAUUGAAGAAACCAUUUACUGCAGCAGAAGUCAACUUGGCCCUUUCUCAAAUGCAUCCAACAAAGGCCCCUGGACCCGAUGCUAUAGCAAAUAGGUUGAAAGCUUUACUCCCUAUGUUAAUAUCUGCCUCUCAGUCAGCAUUUGUACCAGGUAGAUUAAUUACUGAUAAUGUGUUAGUGGCCUAUGAAAUUGUUCACUUUCUAAGACAUAAAAGAGGGGGUAAGAAAGGCUACAUGUCCAUCAAGUUAGACAUGAGCAAAGCCUACGAUCGAGUUGAGUGGGAUUUUCUGGAAAGAAUCAUGGUUCAGAUGGGGUUUGAGACCAGGUGGAUUAAUUUAAUUAUGUACUGUGUGUCCUCAGUUUCUUUCUCUGUCAUGUUGAAUGGUGUACCAACAGGUUGUAUUAAACCUACUCGUGGGUUGAGACAAGGGGACCCUUUGUCCCCUUACCUCUUUCUCCUAUACACUGAGGGUUUAGUCAGUAUGUUGAAGCAAGCAGCUUUGAAUUCAAUGAUACCUGGUAUACGAAUCUGCAGAGGGGCUCCAGCCAUAAACCACUUACUCUUUGCUGAUGACAGUGUUAUCUUCUGUAAAGCUGAUGUCCAAACAAAUCUUGAGCUACAAAGAAUCCUUAAGAGGUAUGAACUGGCAUCUGGGCAGGAAUUGAAUAUGGAUAAGACAAGUAUGGUUUUCAGCAGCAAUGUAAGUGUUCCUAUGCAAGAGGAAAUAAGGAACAUGUGGGGGGGAAGUGCUAUUCAACAGUAUGAAAAAUACUUGGGUUUGCCUCCAAUGAUAGGUAGGAAGAAGGCUAAUGCUUUCUCGGAUAUCAAGUCAAGAGUAUGGAAGAAAUUGCAAUGUUGGAAAGAAAAACAACUUUCUCAAGGAGGAAAGGAAAUACUACUGAAGGCAGUAGCUUUGGCUAUUCUUACCUAUGCUAUGAGACACAGAAAUUUGCUACAUGAUUACUCAGUAGGAGAGAGCCAGGACAGGAAAAAUGAGACAGUGGAUACUCUUAUCAAUGGGGAAACCAGAUGGUGGGAUAUUUCAAAAGUUCGAGCUCUAUUCAAUCCAAUUAUAGCAGAGAAGAUAUUAAAAAUAGUAAUAUGUCCAGAGGGCUAUGAAGACAGAUGGAUGUGGUCUGAAGAGAGAAGUGGGGAGUUUAGUGUUCGUAGUGCUUAUAAGCUGUUACAAAAAGGCUUGUAUGAUGCAGUAGGGCAAAGUUCAAACAGCAGUAGCUUGAAUAGUCUUUGGAAAGCAAUCUGGAAGAUGAAGUUGCCUUUGAAAAUAAGGAUUUUUGCAUGGAAAUUAUGCAAGGACUGCUUACCAAUAGGAUUGAACUUAAUUAAGAAACAUGUUGAUAUAGAUCCUAAGUGUUGUUUAUGUGCUGAACAGAAUGAGGACUUGAGCCAGGCAAUUGUUUACUAUCCCCAGCUGAUAGAGUUUUGGAAAGGCCAGCUUCCAAAACUGUUUGAUAUACAUAAACCUCUUCUUUUCAUUGACCUAAUCAACCAUGUGCAUAAUAAAGGUACUACUGAGGAGUUGCAGUUUUUCUGUCUGAUAGCAUGGAGGUUCUGGUAUAGGAGAAAUCGGAAGACACAUGAUUUGGUUGUUCUACCUAUUAAACAAGUUGUGGACCAUGCCCUCUCAGUUCAGUCUAGCUUUGUUUCCUGCUCUCAACAGAAAAACCCUGACCAUAUCAAACUAAAUGGUCUUUGGAGUCCCCCUCCUGAGGGGUUUUUGAAGCUCAAUAUUGAUGGUGCUCUAUUUUUUGAUCAAAAGAAAGCAGGAAUUGGGGCAGUGCUUCGGGAUGGAAGGGGUGAAGUAAUACUUGCAGCUAGCAAGAUGGAAUGCUAUAUAGAAGAACCAGAAACUAUUGAGCUAGUGGCAAUCUUAAGGGGGCUUCAAUUAUGCAUACAAUCAGGUAUAUCAAAGCUGGUGGUGGAGUCAGACUGUAAGCUGCUAGUGGAAAUACUGCAACAAGAACCUCAACAGGAUGCCUCACAGUUAGGAAAUUUAACCUCUGAAGUCAAAAGAUUAAUGUCUCAUUUUGAAGUUUGUCUAUGUAAACAUGUGAGUCGUGUAGGUAACAGGGCUGCUCAUAAGCUAGCUAGAAUGGCUUGGAAUGUGGAUGACUUGGUUGUAUGGGGGGAAUCUGUACCAGAACCUAUCGCCCAUGUUAUUUGGGUGGAUAAGGUUUCUUGUAAUCCUUGA